AUGGGCCGCCGUCCCGCUCGUUGCUACCGCUAUUGUAAGAACAAGCCUUACCCCAAGAGCAGAUACUGCCGUGGUGUACCCGACCCCAAGCUAAGAAUCUAUGACUUGGGUAAAAAGAAGGCAUCCGUUGAUACCUAUCCACUUUGUAUCCACCUUGUCUCCAACGAAUACGAGCAGCUUUCUGCCGAAGCAUUGGAAGCAGGUCGCAUUUGUGCCAACAAGUACAUUUCCAAGAAUGCUGGUAAAGACGCUUUCCACAUGCGUGUGCGUGUUCAUCCUUUCCAUGUCACUCGUAUCAACAAAAUGUUGUCGUGUGCUGGUGCUGAUCGUUUGCAGCAAGGUAUGCGUGGUGCAUUUGGCAAACCCAAUGGCCUUGUAGCACGAGUGAACAUUGGUCAAAUUAUCUUUUCGGUGCGCACCAAGGAUCAUCACAAGGAAGUUGUGCUUGAAGCUUUGCGUCGUUGCAAGUACAAGUUCCCUGGUCAACAGAAGAUUUUCAUUUCUAACAAGUGGGGCUUCACUCCUCUUACGCGUGAACAAUACAUUGCUGCUCGCAAGGAAGGCAAGGUCGUGCGUGAUGGUAGUUACAUCAAGUAUGUCCCCAAUAAGGGUCCAUUGGAAGACUACUUUAAGAUGGCGCAGCGUGCUACUUGA